AAAGAUGUUAGACCCACAGGAGAAUGGCGUUAUUGACCUGCCCAACUAUGAAUAUGUGGAAAGUGAAACUUUUCCUCCUUUCCCACCUCCAGCCUCUCCAGAGAGAGACAGAGAAGGAAUGGAACCUGAUGAAGAGUCAGGGAGGGCAGCACCUGUUCCUGUACCCCCAAAGAGAACAGUUAAAAGGAAUAUACCCAAGCUGGAUGCUCAGAGAUUAAUUUCAGAGAGAGGGCUUCCAGCCUUAAGGCAUCUGUUUGAUAAGGCAAAGUUCAAAGGUAAAGGUCAUGAGGCUGAAGACUUGAAGACGUUAAUCAGACAUAUGGAGCACUGGGCACAUAGGCUGUUCCCUAAACUGCAAUUUGAGGAUUUUAUUGACAGAGUUGAAUACCUGGGAAAUAAAAAGGAAGUUCAGACCUGUUUAAAACGAAUUCGACUUGAUCUCCCUAUUUUACAUGAAGAUUUUGUUAGCAAUAACGAUGAAGUAGGUGAAAACAGUGGCCAUGAUGUAACUGCUGCUGUGUUAGAUCCCUUUUCUACAGACUCACCUGAAAGUGAGAAGUUUGCUUCUGAGUCAAGUAGAAGCCUAACAGAAGAGCAGCAACAACGGAUUGACAGAAAUAGACAGCUGGCCUUGGAAAGACGGCAGGCAAAGCUACUGAGUAGUAGUCAGUCCCUAGGAAAUGACAUGUUAACGAACACACCUGGGGCACCAGCAGUUGGAGAAAUUAAUGCUGGUGAGGAUCAAGAGGAGUCAGAGGGAUUGGAGAGAGACACUCCAGACAGUCCACAUAGGGAUGCUCCUAAUACAUUAAGUGAAGAGGAGGAGUUAAAAUCAGAGGAAACACGAAUGGACCAGUCUUUUUUUUAAAAAUGUGUAAUAGUAACUUUGUGGUUCAUCUACUACGAGAAAUGCCUUGUGUCAUGUGGUGUCACUUUUGACGGCUGUUUAUCUGUAGCAUCUUCUUCUCACUUCUAAAACUGCCUUAAAAUGUGCUGUUUUUAAAACACUGUGGGUUUGGAAACCAGAUAGCCAGGUUUGCUAAAACUAUUUUAAAAGAAUUGCAGGCUGGGUGCAAUGGCUU